CACGGACCCGCCUCCUGCCUGUGGAGCGCUCGGUGCAUCUCUCUCCUGCUGUCCGCUUCAAACCCCUAUUCCGCUGGGGAAAGGCAGAGGAAGAGAGGAGAGAGAGAGUGUGUGUGUGUGUGAGUUUCUGUGUGUGUGAGAGAGUAAGAGAGAGAGAGAGAGAGAGGGAGCGAGAGAGCGGGACCACAGAGAGGAGAAACGCGAGAAAAAGAAGAGAGGAAAAAAGCGGAGCCGCUUCGCAAAUGGCACUCAUGGCAGGGAUUUUGUUCACGGUCACCGUUCUUAUUUCUGGGAUUUCUACGCUCGGUUCCUCGGCACGGAUAUAUCCUCCAAGUGAAGUCACGAUGUUGGACUCCAGGGCCGUACAGGGGGAGCUGGGAUGGGUCGCCAGCCCGACAGAAGGAGGGUGGGAGGAAGUGAGCAUAAUGGACGAAAAGAACAUCCCCAUCCGCACAUACCAGGUGUGCAAUGUCAUGGAGCCAAAUCAGAACAACUGGCUACGUACCGACUUUAUACCCCGUGGAGGUGCCCUGCGUGUCUACAUCGAGAUCAAGUUCACCCUGCGGGACUGCAACAGCUUGCCGGGGGUCAUGGGAACCUGCAAGGAAACGUUCAACCUCUACUACUACGAAUCCAACAAUGACAAAGAGCGCUACAUCCGCGAGAACCAGUUCAGCAAGAUAGACACCAUUGCUGCCGAUGAGAGCUUCACUCAAGUGGAUAUCGGGGACCGCAUCAUGAAGUUAAACACGGAGGUCCGGGACGUGGGCCCCAUGGGACUAAAGGGUUUCUACUUGGCGUUCCAAGAUGUCGGAGCGUGCAUUGCUCUUGUUUCCGUCAGGGUCUUUUACAAGAAAUGCCCUUUAGCAGUUCGACACUUGGCCCAGUUCCCUGAUACCAUCACUGGUCCCGAUACUUCCUCGCUGGUGGAAACUGGUGGUGCGUGUGUGGAUAAUUCAGUGCCAAGGGAGGUUCCCAAGAUGUACUGUGGAGCUGACGGAGAGUGGUUGGUGCCCAUAGGGAACUGCCUGUGCAAACCUGGAUAUGAGGAACGCAAUUCAGAAUGCCAAGGUAAACAGCAGAUAUUUAUUUUUUACUCCUAACAGAUUUUUAACCUU